AUGGAUUUGUACUUGCCAAUGAUUCUGACAACAAACGAUGUUACAUCAUGGUACAUCAAACUAAAAGACUGAACAGUCCUUGUUCUAUGAUUGUAAACCAUGAUGCUACUGCCAUGCCUGUUAUCAAGAUACCUGAUGCAGAACACACUGGACAAUUUAAACAGUUGAAGUUUGAUAGGGUCCUCUGUGAUGUCCCUUGUAGUGCUGAUGGAACACUGAGGAAAAAUUAUUUGGUUUGGAAGCGUUGGAGUGUUCAUAAUGGAUUCUCUUUACAUCCUAUACAGCUUCGUUUACUGACAAGAGGAGUGGAAGUGUUGGAAAUUGGCGGCCGUUUAGUUUAUUCUACGUGUUCAUUCAACCCAGUAGAAAAUGAAGCUGUAGUGGCUGCAUUACUUAGUAGAAGUCAAGGUGCUGUAGAGUUGGUUGAUUGUUCACAAAAAUUGCCACAAUUAAAGAGGAUUAAUGGAAUGACAUCAUGGAAGAUUCUGAAUGAAAAUGGUAAAGAAUUUCUGUCUUUUGAAGAUGUACCCGACCGAAAUAAAAAGAGAUUAAGAGAAACGAUGUUUGCUCCUAAAGAUAUUGAUAGUUUACAUAUAAACAGAUGUAUGCGUUUAUUACCACAUCACCAGGACUCUGGCGGAUUUUUCAUAGCAGUUCUACAAAAGGUGAAGUCAUUGCCGUGGAUAAAUGAAUCUAAAAAUAAGAUGCAUUCUGAUAAGCAGGUGUCAAGCUCUGUGGAUAUGUCCAGUGACAGUGCUGAGAAGCAGGUGUCAAGCUCUGUGGAUAUGUCCAGUGACAGUGCUGAGAAGCAGGUGUCAACUGAAAACAGUGAAGAAAUCAGCAA